AAAAAUAAAUAUUUUGACAGCGUUUAUUUGUUUUGGUUAAAUGUUUCGCGUUUCUGAAACAAUUUCUCCUGGAUUUCAAGUAAAUAUUUGUAAUUUCCUGGCAAAAUAAACCGUCGGGGUGAUCCCGAAGCAAAGGCAGGAAAAUGAAUUCCGCACAUCCGUCAAAUCUCAAGACGUACGAGAUAAAUGUAAUGAUUGUGCAAAAUGUGAAGAAGCAUCCUGUCCUCUAUGACCCCACGCUACCGGAAUAUGAGAAGAAGAUCUACUCAAGAGAAGCCUGGGAAUCCAUAGCUAAGGCUACCAAUGUAUCCGUUGAUUGCUGUAAAGCACGAUGGAGGAAUCUCUGGUUGAGUUUUUUGAGAUAUCAGCGCAUGAAGAAGGAUCCCUCGGCACAGAUUAAGCCCUACUACCUUCAGCAGGAAAUGUCCUUUCUCCUUCCGUACAUCAGAUCCAGACCAGAUCGAGAACGUUCGAAAAAGAGACAAUUCACCGGAAGAAGUUUGAAGACUGAGAAUUCCUCGGGGACGCCACAAGUGUUGAAAUUCUCUCUUGAGAAUGAGGAAGGGCAGGAUAUUGAGAUUGAGUAUCUCGAGGAUGGCUGUGAGCAGCAGGAAGAGGUGAUUGUCAGUGAUACCGUGAAGAGGGAACACUGCAUAAGUGAUGGACAGACUGAUGAGGCGGAUCAGCAGGACUACAUAGAUCACCAGGAGUACACCGAUGACACAGAUUACACAGAACAUCAUCAGGAGUACGCAGAGCACUACCAGGAGUACACGGAACAUCAACAAGACUACACAGAUCCCCAUCAAGACUACGUGGACGAGCAGCAAGACUACGUGGAUGACACGGAGCAUCAUCCGGUGUUCGAAGAGCAUCACAGUGUGCGGGAUGGGCACGAUGAUUCCUCGAAGAAGUACUACGAAAUUGUCAGCACAACCGACGAUGCCAUCCCGCCAGAGACAAAUCAUGAUCCAGAUUGGGAUUUUAUGCGGAGUUUCCUUCCGGACAUCCGGAAAAUGACCCCUGGGCAGAAGAUUCGCUUCAAAAUGUCCAUUUGUUCGGCCAUCCAUGAAAUUCUCUACUCAUAGGGGGCACCUACAUUGUCUAGGCCCCCUCCCCCUGAAGACCUUUUAAUGAAAAAUUAAUAAUUUGUGUAUUUUUUUGGAAAAUAAUUGAAUAAAAAUUGCUUGAGCUCUA